AUGACGAGCUUAAAGAGGCCUCAGGGGUCUGACCAACUGGCUCAGAACAUCUCCAACAAGGUUUAUGUCAGGUCGACACGCAGUGGAAAGGUCCAGAAGAUUGUUCGCGAGGUCUAUCUGAGAACGGACAUACCGUGCUCAUCGAACCUGUGCAGGGCGUGCUUGAGCCAGGCACCCAGAAAUGCAGUGAAUGAAGCUCUACCAUUUGUCCUGUCGGCCAGACCGGCUGGUACAAAGUCGUAUCCUCAGGGCCACUACCUAGUUCCAGACACAAACGCGCUGCUAAACGCCAUGGACCUGUUUGAGCAGAGCUCAUCGUUUUACGACGUUGUUAUCUUGCAGACUGUCCUGGAGGAGCUCAAGAAUCGCUCAUUGCCGCUCUACAAUCGCCUUGUUGGACUGACAAAGAGCGAGGAUAAGAGGUUCUACGUUUUCUUCAACGAGUUCCGACUGGAGACGUAUAUCAAUCGCGAAGCCAAUGAGACUGUCAAUGACAGAAAUGACCGUGCGGUUCGGCAGGCUGUCAAGUGGUAUGGGGAGCAUUUGGCGUUGACCAAGGCGGUACAAAUCCCGGCGGUUGUCAUGCUGAGCGAUGAUCGGGAUAAUUUGAGGAAAGCUAAGGCGCAAGGCCUGCACGCGUCUUCGCUGGCAGACUAUGUCAGCGAACUAGAAGAUGGCGACAGGCUGCUCGACAUGAUUGCCGAGUCACAGUCUCAAGCCCAAGGUGGAUUCAAGCAGGCUUCCCAGCAGCCCCUUUAUCCAGAGUUCUAUACCUCCUCGAGAAUGAUGACGGGGGUCAAGGCAGGCUUGCUGCAUCAGGGAAUCUUCAAUGUGUCGCCGUAUAAUUACCUUGAGGGGUCGAUCAAGGUGCCUGCUUUCCCGAAGCCUCUGCUUAUCCUCGGCCGCGAGAACAUCAAUCGAUCUAUUGAUGGCGAUGUUGUUGUCGUUGAGCUCCUUCCACAAGACCAAUGGAAAUCACCAUCAACAAAGAUUAUUGAGGAGGACACCAUCACAAAGAACGAGAAUGCGGACACAGAAGAGCGUCAGGAUUUUGUGUCGGACAAGGAGCGGAAGGCACUUCAGGAGGAGGUGAAGAGGACACAAAAGGCAUCGGGGGAGAACCAGCUACAACCAACAGCCAAGGUUGUGGGCGUGGUGAAGCGUAACUGGCGACAGUACGUCGGUCACAUUGAUCCGUCAACGGCCAGCAAGGGUCCCUCGCAAGGUCGUAGACUCGACAGCGUCUUCCUCAUCCCCAUGGAUAAGAAGAUCCCCAAGAUCCGUCUCCGCACUCGUCAAGUCUCUGAGCUCUUGGGUAAGAGACUGUUAGUCACUGUUGACUCUUGGGACAGAGACUCGAGACACCCCGUGGGACAUCUGGUCCGAUCUCUGGGAGAGCUCGAGACCAAAGCAGCAGAGACAGAGGCACUACUCCUGGAAUGGGAUGUCCAAUACCGGCCUUUCCCCAAGACGGUGCUCGACUGCCUUCCGAAAGAGGGCCAUGACUGGAGGGUGCCAGAGAGCAAGGAGGAUCCAGGCUGGAGAGACAGAGAGGAUCUUCGCGAUCUCCUCAUCUGCAGCAUUGAUCCUCCCGGCUGUCAAGAUAUCGACGAUGCUCUUCACGCCAGGCUAUUACCCAACGGCAACUACGAGGUCGGCGUCCACAUUGCGGACGUAUCGCACUUUGUUAAGCCUGCAAAUGCAAUGGACACGGAAGCAAGCAUUCGUGGCACCACGGUUUACCUGGUUGACAAGCGCAUAGACAUGCUUCCCAUGCUGCUCGGCACCGAUCUCUGCUCUCUCAAGCCCUAUGUUGAGCGUUUUGCGUUUACAGUCAUUUGGGAACUCGAUGAGAAUGCUGACAUUGUAAACGUCCGCUUUACAAAGUCUGUUAUCAAGUCUCGCGAGGCGUUCAGCUACGAACAAGCACAGCUUCGAAUCGACGACGCGUCGCAGCAGGAUGACCUCACAAAGGGCAUGCGAAUGCUGCUCAUGCUGUCGAAGAAGCUCAAGAAGAAGCGUAUGGAUGCCGGCGCCCUGAGCCUGUCUUCUCCCGAGAUCAAGGUGCACAUGGAGUCGGAGUCCUCAGACCCCAUUGACGUCAAGACGAAGGAGCUUCUCGACACCAACUCUCUUGUCGAGGAGUUUAUGUUGUUCGCCAACGUCAGUGUUGCGGCCAAGAUCUACGAGGCGUUUCCUCAAACUGCCAUUCUGCGUCGCCACGGCGCCCCUCCUAAGACCAAUUUCGACGAGUUGGCCGAUCAGCUGCGUAUCAAGCGUGGCUUGGAGCUGCGCACCGACUCCAGCAAGGCGUUGGCUGAUUCCCUAGACAAGUGUGUCGAUGAGAAGGAUCCGUUCUUCAACACGCUGGUCCGUAUCAUGGCCACGCGGUGCAUGAUGAGCGCCGAGUACUUUUGUUCCGGAACGCAGUCAUACCCCGAGUUUCGCCACUAUGGUCUCGCGUCUGAGAUUUACACGCACUUUACUUCUCCCAUUCGCCGAUAUGCAGAUCUCCUCGCGCAUAGACAACUUGCCGCCGCCAUCGGCUACGAGGCUGUCCAUCCUUCUGUGCGCAGCCGUGGUCGCCUUGAGGCAGUGUGCAAGAACAUCAACGUUCGCCAUCGCAACGCUCAGAUGGCCGGCCGAGCUAGCAUUGCUUACUACGUCGGCCAGGCUCUGAAGGGCAAGGUUGCUGAGGAGGAGGCCUUUGUCAUGAAGAUUUUUAGCAACGGAUUUGUUGUUCUGGUGCCGCGGUUCGGUAUUGAGGGUUUGAUUCGGCUGCGUGAUUUGGCUGAUCCUGAGCCGGAGAGCGAGUACGACGCUGAAAAGUAUACGCUGACGACAAAGGGCGACAAGGCCGUUAAAGUAGAGCUGUUCCAAAAGGUUGUGGUUAGAGUCCAUGAUGAUAAGGACGAGAGGACGGGCAAGAGGGGCGUCAAGAUGGAGUUGGUGAGUGCUUAG